AUGUUCUGCUCUACGCUCCUCUCUCUUUUCUUUCUCCAGCUCUGGCUGGCCCAGCUCGCCUUUGCUGCCCCGGCCGCCCCGAUUUCUGCCGAGUCCAUCGACAACAGCUGGCAGUAUGGAACAGGCGGCGGCAUAUUGGGCUUUGUCGUCCUCAUCCUUGACAUUAUCGUCUUUGUCGAGGUCUUAAAGUCCAGUCGGCCGCCCAUCCACAAGCUGCUCUGGUGCUUGGUUGUCUUUUUCUUCCCUGUCAUCGGCCUGAUCAUCUACUACUUCUUCUCGAACCGGUCUGCGUAUCAGCGCGGGGCUGGAACAUAUACAAGAAGAGAUCAACUCCUGAAACCGGAUGUCGGCUUCCAGUUCGCAGACAACCUCCUCGUGAAUCCCACCGGCAGCCUUCAGCAUAAUGAGUAUUUCCUGAGGCAGCGCGCGGGAGCUGCUCGUACCAAUGGUCUCGGUACCAGCCAUGAGAUAGAGAUACCACUUGCUGCCGCAGAGCGUCAACCGCACGGGGAGCAUCACCAUGAUGGUGAGCCCGAGCCAGAGGGGGAUAACGACGAAGAUGAAACCCAGCAUCAGGAGGGCGCUGAGCGCCAUCCAGAAUAUAAACUCGUGUUUCUUUUCUGGGGGGACGUCAAGACCGUCCCCCCAGAAAAGAGCAGGAUACCAAGGGGAAGGCCCCCCAUGAGGGUGUAG